UUUUCAGGACCCAAUAAUUACUUUGCCACAAACAAUUCGCUGAAUCUGUUCGCUGCAAGGAUCGGAUACUGCUACUCCUGCAAGAAGGAAACUCUCUACAUGGGAAAUGGGCUGUACCUGGAUAUCACCAAGGACCAAAUGCAGGCCUUCAACAUCUCCAACGGAGAAUUUGGCAAACCCGACUUCUGUCCAGCCGACCAACCUGAUUACCGUGUCGCCAUAGCAGUGGGGAUCACUCUGCUGGUGCUCAUCGUCAUCGUGCUGAUAGUCUACCUGCUGGGGCGGAGGAGAAGGACAGCAGGCUACCAGUCCCUCUAAGGACCAGUUCAUUUUAUUUCCUAAAGAAGUGAGCUUCUGGAUAAGGGAGCGGAGAGUCUUGGGUAAAGAAACAUCUGUGAGGCGCCUCUUGCCACAUUUAACUCCUCCCAUUUGUUGCAGUUUUUCUAAAAUUUGCCAUUAAUAACGUUUAAACCAUACCUAUAAAUCCUAAUAUGAAUACAGAGGU